GACCUCACCAACACCUAAUGGCCCAGAAGAUUUACAUACCAGACACUCUCGCCAACUGGAAGUGGCCCCGCCACCUGAAUCCACAUUAUCCUGAAGUCAAGAAAGAGUCGGCGGCAUGGCUAGCGAGCUUCGGCGCAUUUAGUCCCAAAGCUCAAUAUGCUUUCGAUCGCUGCGAUUUCAACCUUCUAGCAUCAUUUGCAUACCCGCUCGCAACAAAGGAGCACCUACGUACCGGAUGUGAUCUCAUGAACCUCUUCUUCGUCAUCGACGAGUAUUCCGACGUCGCAGGCGUCGACGAGGUCCAGAACCAGGCCGACAUCGUCAUGGAUGCCCUGCGAAACCCACACAAGCCUCGCCCAAAGGGUGAAUGGAUCGGCGGCGAGGUCACUCGGCAAUAUUGGGAACUCGCCAUCAAAACAGCCAGUCCACAGUCUCAGAAGCGAUUCGUAGAGACAUUCGACACCUACAUGCAGUCGGUGGUCCAGCAAGCGGCAGACCGAACCCACGCAUAUAUUCGCGACAUCGAUAGUUACUUGGAGGUUCGACGAGACACCAUCGGCGCAAAGCCAUCGUUCGCCCUCCUCGAGCUUGGCAUGGACCUCCCAGACGAGGUGAUCAACCACCCUGUGAUUCAAGACUUGUCGAUUUGGGUCAUCGAUAUGUUGUGCCUUGGAAACGAUAUCGUGUCGUACAACCUGGAGCAAGCGAGAGGAGACGAUAGCCACAAUAUCGUGAGGAUUGCCAUGAACCAGCUGAAGACGGAUGUUGCGGGAGCAAUGAGAUGGGUGGAUGAGUACCACAAGGAGCUGGAGCGGAAGUUCAACGAGAACUUUGAGAAGGUGCCGAAGUGGGGAGAGCCGAUCGACUCGCAGGUAGCGCGGUAUGUAGACGGGCUUGGGAAUUGGGUGCGGGCGAACGAUCAGUGGAGUUUCGAGAGCGAGAGGUAUUUCGGAAAGAGAGGGCCGGAGAUCCUGAAGUCGCGGUGGGUGACACUAAUGCCCCAGGAGCGCACUGAAGACUUAGGUCCACAAAUUGUUGAUAGUUCUGUUCUGUGAUAGUUCAGUGCCUCACGUUAGGAGCACAUCCUAUGAUUGAAGGAAAUACAGUACCUUUUGUCUCUCC